AUGGCUGAAGACUCAGAGCUCUGGGAUGUCAUCUGCGAUGGACCCUUCAUCCCCACAAAAACCAUUGGCGACCCAGCUGUAACAAUCCCCAAAACAAGAAAGGAGUUCAAUGAUGCUGACCGCAAGGCCAUAGAAAAGAACUUUCGUGCAAAGAAAAUUCUUGUCUGUGGUAUCGGUCCUGAUGAAUACAACAGGAUCUCAGCAUGCCAAUCUGCUAAGGAGAUCUGGGAGGCUCUUCAAACAGCCCAUGAGGGAACAACACAAGUUAAGAAAUCAAAGAUUGACAUUCUUACCACAGAAUAUGAGCUUUUCAGAAUAAAAGAUGAUGAAUCUAUCCAGGACAUGCAUACUCGGUUCACAUCUAUUAUCAAUGAGUUUCACUCUCUCGGAGAAAUUAUUCCAAGAAACAAACUUGUCAGAAAAAUACUUAGUGUACUGCCUAGUUCCUGGGAAAGCAAAGUGAACGCUAUCAAAGAGGCAAAAGACUUGCAGAAGCUGACCAUUGAUGAACUUGUUGGCAAUCUGAAAAUAGAUUUCAGAAGAUGGUCUGCAAAAAUAGAGGUAUUCCAAAGAAGGACAGCUCUAGCAAGCCAAGAUGCUAUGACUUAUGUCAUAAGUGUGGGAAGUGAGGGCACUUCAUCAAAGAUUGUCCUAUCUUCAAGCAAGAUCAGUACAAACACAACUCAGACAAAGCAGCUAAGAGGAACCAGUCUCAUUAAUGAUAAAAAUAUGCUAACCACGGAACUAGGAGAAAUAGAACACGAGAGAGAUGAUCUAGUGGUAGUUAUGGUUGAUCAAAGAGAGACCAUUGAGAGUCUAAAAAGGGAAAAAGAUACUUUGACCGAGAGAAUUGCAAAAAUAGAGCAUGAGAGAGAUGACCUAUUAGUAGUAUUCGUGGACCUAAAGAAAAUAAUUAAGGAACUAAAAAGGGAAGGUAGGUAUGAGAUUACCCAAAAGGUAAAGGAAGUUGCAAGUGAGGCACAUCUUAGGCUUGAAGAUGAGAUAAAAUCAGUGAAAUCUAGUCUAUGUGUGGAACUUGAGAGAAACAGACAGCUUCAGGAAGAUCUAGGCAGAGUUAAGAAUGAUCUAGAAAAAUCACUCAAGUGGACCUGGUCCUCUGAUGCUAUCACUGCCUUGUAUAAAAACAAUGGGGGAAACAGGAAACCUGUAAGGCCAAGUUUCAGUCUCAACAGAAAAACAAACUUUUUGCUAAAAAGGGAGCAGUGA